AGGUCUUUGAAGCUCUGUAAUAUACUCUGUGAAAUCUACUUCUUUAGUACUCGAGUUCGAAGCAAAGCGAUACAACAAAAAAGUCGAGAUGAGGAUUAUGAUAAAGGGUGGUGUGUGGAAGAACACAGAAGAUGAGAUCCUUAAGGCGGCUGUUAUGAAAUAUGGGAAGAAUCAAUGGGCGAGGAUCUCUUCACUUCUUGUCCGCAAGUCGGCGAAGCAGUGCAAAGCUCGGUGGUACGAGUGGCUCGAUCCAUCCAUCAAAAAGACUGAAUGGACCAGAGAAGAAGAUGAGAAACUGCUUCAUCUUGCCAAACUCAUGCCAACACAGUGGAGAACGAUUGCCCCUAUUGUGGGCCGAACUCCAUCUCAAUGUCUUGAGCGUUAUGAGAAACUGCUUGAUGCUGCCUGUGUAAAAGAUGAAAACUACGAACCCAGCGAUGAUCCACGGAAAUUGCGUCCUGGUGAGAUUGAUCCAAACCCGGAAUCCAAGCCUGCACGUCCAGACCCUGUAGAUAUGGAUGAGGAUGAAAAGGAAAUGCUAUCAGAAGCACGGGCUCGGUUAGCAAACACCAGAGGAAAGAAGGCAAAGAGGAAAGCUAGGGAGAAACAGCUUGAAGAGGCCAGGAGGCUUGCUUCUUUACAGAAACGGAGGGAAUUAAAAGCAGCUGGGAUUGAUAAUAGAAAUAGGAAGAGGAAAAGGAAGGGGAUAGACUAUAAUGCAGAAAUCCCCUUUGAGAAGAAACCACCACCAGGGUUUUUUGAUGUCGCAGAUGAAGAAAGACCAGUGGGACAGCCUAAGUUCCCAACAACCAUUGAAGAACUUGAGGGAAAAAGGAGGGUUGACAUUGAAGCACAAUUAAGAAAGCAAGAUACUGCCAAAAACAAAAUUGCACAGCGGCAGGAUGCUCCUUCCACUAUAUUGCAAGUCAACAAGCUGAAUGAUCCUGAGACAGUGAGGAAGAGAUCAAAACUGAUGCUUCCAGCACCACAGAUUUCGGAUCAAGAACUAGAAGAAAUUGCAAAGAUGGGUUAUGCAAGUGAACUUAUUGCAGGGAGUGAGGAACUUGCAGAAGGAAGUGGUGCUACACGGGCUCUUCUUGCAAGUUAUGCUCAGACUCCACGACAGGGAGUGACCCCAAUGAGGACUCCUCAGAGAACACCUGCUGGAAAGGGUGAUGCUAUUAUGAUGGAAGCUGAAAACCUUGCAAGAUUAAGGGAGUCACAAACGCCAUUAUUGGGUGGGGAGAAUCCGGAGUUGCACCCAUCAGAUUUUUCUGGUGUUACUCCUAAGAAAAGGGAGAUUCAAACUCCAAACCCAAUGGCUACUCCUUUGUUAACUCCUGGACCCAUGGGUCUUACUCCAAGAAUUGGCAUGACACCAUCAAGGGAUGGGUACUCUUUUGGUAUGACACCAAAGGGGACUCCUAUCAGAGAUGAGCUUCGUAUAAAUGAAGACAUGGAUAUACACGAUAAUGCAAAACUUGAACUCCGUAGACAAGCUGAGGUUAGAAGAAACUUGCGUUCUGGGUUAACCAAUCUUCCACAGCCGAAAAAUGAAUACCAGAUAGUCGUCCAGCAGCCUCCAGAAGAAAAUGAAGAGCCAGAAGAUAAAAUCGAAGAAGAUAUGUCAGAUAGGAUAGCUAGAGAAAAGGCGGAGGAAGAAGCAAAGCAGCAGGCAUUGCUUCGAAAAAGAUCAAAAGUUCUUCAGAGGGAACUGCCUAGACCUCCCACUGCUUCAUUGGAACUUAUUAGGAAAUCAUUGGUGAGAGCUGAUGAAGACAAGAAUUCUUUUGUUCCUCCUACUUCGAUUGAGCAGGCUGAUGAAAUGAUAAGGAAGCACCUUCUUAAUUUAUUGGAGCAUGAUAAUGCCAAAUAUCCACUUGAAGAAAAAGUAGGUAAAGAGAAAAAGAAAGGAGUCAAGCGUGCUUCAAGUGGAACGUCUGCUGUUUCUGUCCCAGAAAUUGAAGAUUUUGAAGAAGAUGAAUUGAAAGAGGCUGAUUCAUUGAUAGAGGAAGAGGUUCAGUUUCUUCGUGUGGCGAUGGGGCAUGAGAAUGAGUCCUUCGAUGAAUUUGUUGAAGCGCACAAGACGUGUCUCAAAGAUCUCAUGUAUUUCCCAACACGUAACGCUUAUGGUCUCUCCAGUGUUGCAGGAAACAUGGAGAAACUUGCUGCAAUGCAGAAUGAGUUUGAGAAUGUCAAAAAAAGAAUGGAUGAUGAGGCUAAGAAGGCACAACGCCUUGAGCAGAAGAUAAAACUUCUUACUCAUGGACAUCAGACGCUGGCUGGAAAAUUCUGGUCCCAAAUUGAGGCCACCUAUAAGCAGAUGGACACUGCUAGUACAGAACUUGAAUGCUUCCAAGCUUUACAAAAGCAAGAACAGUUGGCGGCUGCAAACAGGAUCAACAGUCUUUUGGAGGAAGUAAAGAAGCAGCAGGAGCUGGAGAAAACUCUCCAGCAGCGCUAUGGGAAUCUGAUAGCAGAGCGGAAUAGGAUCCAAAGGCUCCUAGAAGAGUACAGACUACAAGCACAAAAGCAGGAAGAAAUUGCAGCAAAGAAUCGUGCGCUUGAGUUAGCGGAGUCUGUUACAAAUCAAACAGAGAUGUCGAGCAAUGAAUCUGCUGAACCUGUAGCUUCCAUGGAAGUGAAUGAAGCCCCUAUGUCCAUUGACCAUCAACGUGAUGAAGCUCCUAAUGAUCAAACAGAG